AAUAUAGUUCGCAAUACAUCAGAUUAUCCCGUUGCCCUCUUCAGACGCCUCUGUACAAUUCUUCAACCUUGAUCAAUUAUCUCUUCACUCAGAUCCAAUUCCAGACUUUUCCUUUUCCCCAAACAUUCAACUCUCAUACAACUGUCAAUUCAGAUACGCAAUUGACGAAAUUCGAACGAAGUAAUGUCGAGCGACGGCGACGAUUUGGACGAGGAUGAACUAUUGCAGAUGGCGCUGAAAGAGCAAUCGCAGCGCGAUCUCAAUUAUCACAAACCCUCGCAAUCUGGGUCGAAGCCUGUCCGCAACUAUGUCCAGCCUCCGGCGAACCGUGGACCGGCGGCCUCCGGGAGGAACCCUAGCGCGGGGCAGCAGCAGAAGAAGAAGGCGGUCAAUCAGAGAAAGCAGUCGUUGGAUGAGGACGACGAUUCAGAGGUCGAGAUGCUGAGCAUUUCUUCCGGGGACGAGGAUGACCAUCGUGGGGUGGCCCCCAGGAAUCGGACCGCCGGCAGUGCGAAAGAGGACGACAAAGCGUGGGAUGGGGAGGAGCCGAAUUGUUGGAAGCGUGUCGAUGAAUCCGAGCUGGCCUGGAGGGUCCGUGCAAUGAGAGAUACACGAGUAAUUCCCGUGCCUCAAAAGUUUGAGCGAAAGCCAAAAGGACUGAGCAGUUUGCAGUCACUUCCCCGCGGCAUGGAAUGGGUGGAUCCCCUAGGACUGGGGCUAAUUAAUCAUAAAACAUUUAGGCUGAUCAGCGACAAUAUAGCAAAUGCUUCUUUCUCCACCGAUGUGGAACCUCUUGAUCCGAGUGCACGGGAAAAAAUGAACUACUACUCGGAGAAAUUUGAUGCAAAACUAUUUUUAGCACGAGUGCACCUCGAUACUAGUGCUGCAGAGUUGGAGUCCGGAGCUCUUUCAUUAAAGACUGAUCUCAAUGGGCGUACUCAACAGAAAAAGCAGUUGGUCAAAGAGAAUUUUGAUUGUUUUGUAUCUUGCAAAACCACUAUUGAUGACAUUGAAUCAAAGUUGAAACGGAUUGAGGAAGACCCUGAAGGUGCAGGAACCUCUCAACUCUUUGAUUGUAUCCAAGGAGUCAGUUUACUUUCUAAUCGCGCGUUUGGGCCUCUAUUUGAGAGACAGGCUCAAGCGGAGAAGAUUCGAUCUGUCCAAGGAAUGCUUCAGAGGUUCCGGACACUAUUCAACUUACCCAGUGCAAUUCGUGGUAAUAUUAGCAAGGGUGAAUAUGAUUUGGCUGUCAGGGAGUACCGGAAAGCAAAGUCAAUUGUUCUGCCUUCUCAUGUGGGGAUUCUCAAACGUGUUCUUGAGGAGGUUGAAAAAGUAAUGCAGGAGUUCAAAGGCAUGCUUUACAAGGCCAUGGAAGAUCCAAAUAUUGAUCUAACAAAUCUUGAAAAUACUGUGCGGCUUUUACUGGAGCUUGAACCUGAGUCAGAUCCGAUAAAACGUUACUUGAAUAUACAGAAUCGCAAAAUGAGAGGUUUGCUUGAGAAAUGCACUUUUGAUCAUGAAGCAAGAAUGGAGAAUUUGCAGAAUGAGCUUCGUGAAAAAGCGCUGUCUGAUGCGAAGUGGAGGCAAAUUCAGCAAGAUAUAAAUCAAUCUUCUGCUGUGGAUUACUCUCUCUCUGCUGCAAGCUCCCAUCCACUUGGAGAUUUAUUCCCAUCAGAAAUGACUAGUGAAGAACUCGAUGCUCUUAGGGGUAGAUAUAUUCGCCAGUUAACUGCUGUACUUGUCCAUCAUGUACCAGUCUUCUGGAAAGUAGCACUUUCAGUGUCCAGUGGAAAAUUUGCCAAGUCUUCCCAAGUAUCUGCCGAUCCAAGCACAAAUAGUUCCACAACUAAAGCUGAGGAUAAAAUAGGAGAUUCUCUUGAUGAAGUUGCUGGGAUGGUACGCAAUACGCUAUCAGCAUACGAGUCGAAGGUACUCAACACAUUUCGUGAUCUUGAAGAAUCAAAUAUCCUCAGUCCAUAUAUGAAUGAUGCCAUAAAGGAUAUUUCUAGAGCAAGCCAAGCUUUUGAAGCAAAAGAAUCAGCGCCUCCAAUUGCUGUCUCAGUGUUGAAAACACUUGAAUUUGAGAUCUCAAAAAUCUACAUACACAGGCUCUGUUCAUGGAUGCGUACUUCAAUAGAUGAGAUAUCAAAAGACGAGUCAUGGGUCCCAGUGUCUAUUCUAGAAAGAAACAAGUCAACGUAUUCUAUAUCAUCAUUGCCUCUGGCAUUCCGUGCAGUUAUGAUCUCAGCAAUGGAUCAAAUCAAUGAGAUGCUUCUUUCCUUGCAAACUGAAUCAGCAAAAUCAGAAGAUAUAUUUGUCCAGCUUCAAGAAAUCCAAGAAUCAGUUAGACUUGCCUUUUUGAACUGUUUACUCGAAUUUGCUGGUCAUUUGGAGCACAUUGGCUCCGAGCUUACACAGAAUAAGUCAAGCAUCGGGAGUCCACACUUCCAAAAUGGAUAUUCUCACGAAGUAUUGGAAAAAUCAGUUGAUCCUCUUCCUGGAAGUAUUGUUGAUCCACACCAACAGCUGCUAAUGGUAUUGAGUAAUAUUGGAUAUUGCAAAGACGAACUUGCUCUUGAAUUGUACGGAAAAUACAAAGAGAUUUGGCUGCAGUCUAGGGAGAAAGAUGAGGAGGACAGUGACAUGCACGAUCUUAUUAUGUCUUUCUCCAGCCUCGAAGAGAAAGUCAUUGAACAAUAUACUCUUGCAAAGACAAGUUUUAUCAGAUCAGCUUCAGUGAAUUACUUGUUAGAUGCUGGAGUUCAAUGGGGAGCAGCACCUGCUGUCAAAGGGGUCAGAGAUGCAGCAGUUGAUUUGCUUCAUACUUUAGUAGCUGUACACGCAGAGGUUUUUGCUGGCUGUAAGCCUCUGUUGGAUAAGAUUCUUGGUAUUCUUGUUGAAGGCCUGAUUGAUAUAUUCCUUGGUCUGUUUAACGAAAACAGAACCAAAGAUCUCAGGGCAUUGGACCCAAAUGGCUUUUCACAGCUAAUGCUUGAGCUCGAAUAUUUUGAGACCAUACUGAAUCCUUACUUCACACAUGAUGCAAGGGAAUCUCUUAAGUCUUUACAAGGGGUCCUGUUAGAAAAGGCAAUAGAAACCGUGACAGAGUCUGUCGAAACUCCAAGUCAUCAGCGUAAGCCUACACGUGGAAGUGAUGAUGUCCUUGCAGAUGACAGGCAGGCAGGAUCAACUGCAUCACCAGAUGACCUGAUUGCUCUUGCACAGCAGUACAGCUCGGAACUACUUCAAGGUGAGCUUGAAAGGACAAGGAUCAAUACAGCAUGCUUUGUGGAAACACUUCCGUUAGACUCUGUUCCAGAGUCGGCCAAAGCAGCAUAUGCUUCUUUUAGAGGGUCAAUGGAUUCUCCCAGCCGGAGCUUUAGAGGCACAAAUUCAUUUAACUCACCAAGUUUCUCAAGGCAAAGACGCAGAUGAUGAUGAUCUUGUAUUAUAUCUUCACCGCUCUCUAUUAUUGUUGUAUUCCUGUAUUAAUUCAUUUUUCCUUGCUGGAGAUAGAAUGUGUUCCCACCAGUCAGUGUUCAUAGCCCCCCUCCCCAUGUUUUUUUGUUUUCCUGAGAAAUUUUGUUAUACUUCACCACCAGUGUUGUGUAUUUGUGCGCGUGUGCGUGCGUGUGUUUUUGUUCAUUUUGUUGGUAUGUUUAUUUUUGUCAAGUGUCGUUCUGUAUUUAAGUUCUCUAUGAUUGUGUCAGCAGCUAUCAAGCUGUUAGUGUUCAUUUGUACUUUUACCCAGGACAGUGUUCUUCACUUUUCUCG